CUGCCAUUGGCUCAGGGGAGCACAAAACCAGGAGCGUCACUUCCUGGUUACCCUCGUGCGCGUCAGGGCAGCGGGGCGGGCGGACCGGAGCGGGCGGGAUGUUGGUGUUAGUGCUGGGGGACCUUCACAUCCCGCACCGGUGCAGUGCCCUGCCCGUGAAGUUCAAGGAGCUGCUGGUUCCAGGAAGGAUUCAGCACAUCCUGUGUACGGGAAACCUCUGCACCAAGGAGAGCUAUGACUACCUCAGGACGCUGGCUGGGGACAUCCACGUCGUUAGGGGGGACUCGGAGAGCCUGAAUUAUCCUGAAAAGAAGGUUGUAACUGUUGGGCAGUUCAGAAUCGGGCUGAUUCACGGCCAUCAAGUAAUUCCCUGGGGUGAUGCAGCCAGCCUGGCACUGCUGCAGAGGCAGCUGGAUGUGGACAUUCUCAUCUCGGGACACACACAUAGGUUUGAAGCAUUUGAAUAUGAAAAAAAAUUCUACAUCAACCCGGGAUCAGCUACAGGAGCCUACAGUGCUUUGGAAAGGAACAUCACCCCUUCAUUUGUGCUGAUGGAUAUCCAGGCUUCCACGGCUGUGACUUAUGUAUACCAACUAAUUGAGGAUGAUGUGAAAGUAGAAAGAAUUGAGUUCAAGAAGUACUGAAUCACGUUCAAAGCCCCUUGGUGACUUCUCGCUGCCUUUCAGCCCUUCCCUUCCCCGUUCAGUCUCAGGAGCAGCAGGCCACGGUG